AUGAAGAGCUCGGCAGACUGGCACGUUAUGUCUGUAUUAGCGAGAAAGGAACAUCGUCCAUCACCUGCAGAAAUUAUGUUUAAAUUUGGCAAUCUCGAUGUCUCCAAGACGAAGACAUUUCGAAUGUUUUAUAAAGUUCUCAAGGAAACAAGUGAUUCUGCUGCUUUUCAUUUCAAAGUUGGUAAUAUUGAGUCUAAUAUACAAGUCAGUAGCACCAAUCUAAAUAGUUGGAUACCAUUCUGUACUGAAGUAACUGUUGAAAAAGAGUCCACCGUAUCUUUUGUGAUCACGGCAACUAAUGUUAGUGUAGCAAUAGACGAUGUAUCUUUGAAGGACGGUGUUUGCCCGGAGGUGUCAACGAAUUGCACAUUUGAUGACGAUUUUCUGUGUGGUUAUUCCACCGAGUAUGGUUGGAAAUACACCAGUGAGAUGGAUAAUUCAAAGAAUAAGAUUGGUUACGCAAGAGUCGUUCAAUCAGGACAAGAACUUCUGUCUCCACCAUUUGAAAAUAUCGACAGAUCAAAAGUUUGUAUAACAGCUGACGUAAGGACGUCACAAGAUCAAGAAGUUGAUACAGCCCCACAUUUACAUCUAGUUCUUAGGGAUGUUGAAACAAAUACAGAACUUCUGCUAAGACAUGACUCACUGCCGGUCAUAAGUGCAGAAUGGCAGACAUUAAAAUAUCAGGUUUCAAAUGUCGUCGGUGAAUAUAACAUUGCUUGGAAGGUAACUCUUGGAGAUUCGGAGUAUCUAGAUAUUCGAAGUGUUAGCAUAAUAAAUGGGGAUUGUAUUUCUCAGUUAUGUGCAAACGAUCAGUUCGAAUGUAAGGGAGAUGAUUAUACUUUCUGUAUGCCGUUACAACAAGUUUGUCGAAAUAUUCACUUAUGUCCAAAUGCUGCAAGUACAGUAUGUCGGCCAACGGUUUCUUGCGACUUCAAUGACAGCUUUUAUUGUGGUUGGACUUUGUAUGGUGCAUCGGUUGAGAAUGGCGAAAGCUCGGGGAUGGUGCUUUUCCUCGGAGGUGCUCAGUAUACAUAUGCCGAAACACCACUAAUAGAAGUAAUGGACAUUUCUUGUAUGACCUUGACCAUGUUGAGGGACUUCAACAAUAAUAUGUGCAGGCUAUUGCGAAACGAUAGCAACAAUUUGGUAGAGGUGAACAACUUUGACAUGUUCAAGUCACAAGGUCGGGUACAGAGUGUUCAGAUUGAACUUCCAGUUGGAAACUACACUUUGGUGUUUGAGUGUCGACAGAUUAAUGAAGAGACAUCGUAUGUAAAGAUCGACGACGUAUCUGUUAUAAGUGGAACUUGUGACCAGAUUGAAUGCAGGGGCUACAAAUGUAAGAAAGAUGAAACCGACAAGUCAGGAGUAACAGUUUGUUUCGACAAUGAUGAUGUAGUUUGUGAUAAAUUCAUCGAUUGUCCGUAUGAUACUGAUGAAAAUAAAUGCGAUUACACUUUUGAAUGUGACUUUGACACGGAUAUAUGUGGAUAUGAUGUUUCCGGGGUAAUUUCACUGAUCAAACUGCCAUACUCUAUAGAUGGAACAGAUGUAACCAUACCAACAGCGAAUGAUACUGGAAAUGAUAGAGCUCUGCUUUAUAAUUCAAUGUUGAAUGAUCGACUUAACUUUACGACCGGACCGAUAGUCGUUCCAGAUGACGCAUGCGCAGUGACGAUGGACAUGUGGAUUCAUAUAUUUCAACCGUUUAGUCCAGGAGAAGCUUUUUUGUUUAUGACUGCUGGCUUCAGUGAUAGGAUUCGCCGAAUAAAUACUUUUACCAGAAACAUCAACUUGAAUGUUACAGAAACCUGGUUCCAGUUAUCUAUUCCGUUGUAUGGAAGCUCUUUUAACCCUAACGAUUGGUCGGUUGGUUUUCUAUCAACUGGAAGAUAUAUUCCAAGUUUCAGCUUUGUUGCAUAUGGAGUCUAUGUUGCCAUCGAUAAUAUAUCUACACAAUCAUGUAAUGAAACUGAUAAAACCGAUGAACUGCCUCCAGAUUUUGAUGAAAACAAUAGAACUUCAACCAAUUUACCAGAAAAUUUCCCAACUACUGUGAUUGACAAUGCUCAUGUUGUGGCCGAUUUCCUCGAUACAGUGUCACUUCUUUGCAGCGUCGAAAAUCUAGGACAAAGCCAGGUAACACUACAUUGGUAUAAAGACGAGGUCCAGAUAUCUAGAAACAAUGAAAUUAUAAACCAGGAUGUUACAACAAUAUAUGAUUUGGAGAUGCUUAAAUAUACAGUUAUGAUAGAUAAUGAUCCUACAUCGGGAAAGUUGAAUUAUUCAUUAAUACUUCAUAGGGUGUCUAAAGCGGACGCUGGGGCAUAUUCAUGUAAGAUAGAAUUAGAUGGAUUAAGUGAUGUAUCCAACAUUUACGUUACUGUUAACACACGACUCGCAUUAUCAGAAAACAAUUGCUACAAAAACACACUGCCAACAUGCCAAGCUUUAGGAUUUGAUGAAGUUAUUCCAAAAGGACCUCUUGGUUUUCGGGAAGUACAAGAUGCAGCAUUACAUAUACAGGACAUAGAACAUUCUAUAACGUUUGAAAAGAUGUCAAAAUCUUGUCAGCGUUCUAUAAUGACAUUGCAAUGUGGCCUUUUACUGCCGAAAUGCCAAGAUGGAAAUCCCAUUCAUGUUUGCAGAGAACACUGUGAAAGUAUAAUAGAAGGUUGCCAUGUAAACAAUUACGACAAUAAUCUCUUUCUGAAGUUACAACAAGGUUGCAAGUUUUUGCAUUUUGUUAAUGAAAGUGGGCAGUGUCUUCCAAUUACUGUAGGAUGUGGGCUGGAAUAUACAGGGCACACAGGAAGUAUUGUAUCUGUCAAUUAUCCGGAUUCAUACCCCGUAAACUCUAAAUGUGAAUGGCAUAUAGCUGUAGAACCGUAUCAUAUGAUUCAGUUUGAGGUUGUAUAUUACGAUGUUGACGCUAAUACCGGAAGUUCAUCUGAAUGUGGAUUAUCUAUCAGAGAUAACACGACUGCCUCAUUAGCCUUUAACUGUAGUGAGAACGUUCCUUUAACGUUUCAGUCAAGCGGGAAUACGGCCACGCUGACAUUUCAAUCCGACUCUGAAAGCUCUGGAAACGGAUUUUAUAUCAAAUAUAGGCAGAUACCAAUGGAUACGUGUAUAUCAAUGUCUGGAGAAAACAUGCUACAUUUAAAUGCAAGCAACAAUCCUUUUGAUGAGUCAUGCAACAAAUUAAAAAUAUAUCUUCAAGACGCAAGAGACACUCUUGAUGUUAUGAUUGACUACCUGGCAGAUGGAUGUAUAACACUACUAGACAAUCUCCAGCUGAACGUAACGUUAUGUAAUAUCACUGAAAAACUACAUUACGAAGUCCAAGGAUACAUGGAUAUCAAUAUAGAAUCGCUAUCUACGAUUUACCAAAUAAAGACUCAAAAACGUUCAUAUGUUAGGUCAGUUCAAGAAGUGACUAUUGAUAAUGCUGGACGUUUGCAGAUAUUGUCAGAAGGAGAGUUUGGAACCAUGUGUGGUGAUCUGGAACAAUUUGCUGCAGAUUUGAUCUGCAAGUCCAUGAAUCAUGGAUGGCCGGCAAAGAUAGAGAAAGGACUGACACUUCCUGAAAUUCUUCCAAGACUUGCAAGUGAUAUUCAGUGUAACGGCGAGGAAGCACAUAUUACGCAGUGUCGUUUUGUUUUCACUCCGCUCGAAAGUGAAACGUGUAUGGAUAGCUUUUACACAAGGCAAAUAAUUAACUGUCCACAAACGACAAUAUCUUGCGAUUUUACAAAGUCUACAUGUGGAUAUGUACUGGAUGAUCACGUCAAAUUUUCACCUCUCUAUGGUCUAUAUCACGUGGGUACAAACCAUUUCUCAAAUGGUGUCGCAAUGUCAAUACCUUUCACUUACACGACUGGUGUGUAUAUGUAUGUUGAAUACAUCAUUAGAAGGGGAGAUAUCGGUGCUGGUAUAACUAUAAAUUUAGUACAAUCAUCUAGUAAUGCAUCCUUUGCGGUAUGGAAAUGGCAAUCGUUUCAGACAUACGGUAUCUUCAAAGAUGUCUGGUACCACUGGAUAAAAAUGUUUGAUAAGUAG